AUGUCAUUCUUCAAACUUUCUUGUUUGGUCAUCAAAGCCAUUGAUCAAAUCAGGAGAAAUUUUCUUUGGGGAGGUAACCCUCAGUACUACAGAGGCAAAAACCUAGUUAAGUGGGAAAAUGUUUGUAAGGACAAACGUGCAGGUGGAUUAGAGAUCAUUGACAUGCACAAUUUCAAUCAAUCUCUCCUCUCUAAGUGGAUUUGGAAAACUUUGGAUAGGGAGAGCCUCAUCAGUAAAGUGAUCUUCUCUAUUUACUCUUCAAAUGAUUCUAAUCCUAUAUCCAACCCCCAAGAGAGAUGGAAACCUAUUCUUAGAAGAGGCAUCUCUGAAGAAGACAAAAGGGACAUAACUCACCUUCUUUUGCAUAUUGAUCAAGUCAUGCCUUCACCAAUCAUGCACGACUCUGUUCAGUGGCCUUUCAACUCAACAAACACUUUUACUGUGAAAUCCUUCUACUCUCUUCUCAAUAAUGGAGGCACUGUCUCUCCUCUUCACAACUUUAUUUGGUAUUCCCCUGUGCCAUUAAAGGUCAAAAUCUUCUUUUGGAUCCUGAGUAAGAAGAAACUCCAAACUAAAGAUAACUUGCAUAAAAAGGGUUGGGGAGGUGAUCCUUCUUGCCCUUUUUGCAACCAGGAUAUAGAAGCUCAUGAUCAUCUAUUCAUUCCAUGCUCUUUUUCUUCUGCGGUCUGGUCCAUCAUUUUCCCUUCCUCUAAUCUCAGUCACUGUCCAAAGGAGGUAUCAAGUAUGAUUUCAGAUAAGGAUAAAUUCUUGGAUAACCUCAAUCAAAGAAUGUUAUGGAGGGUAUUAUUUCCAUGCCACUGUUGGUGUAUUUGGAGCAGUCCGAAUAACCUCAUAUUCAACAAUACUCUUAUUACUCCUCUAUCUAUAGUCUCUAAUGCAGACCGUUUCACAUUAUUCUGGACUGGUGCUUAUAGCAGCAGAAAAGCUCAUUGUCUUCAUAGGGCUGCAGUUGAAUUUGGCCUGCAGGACAUGGCCAAAGCUAACGAGGGUGAAGUUCUUGGGGAAAACUUUGCUUAA